CGCGCUUCUCCAACAACAGCGCAUACAACAUCUCACUACUACGCUUGGAGCUUGAUUACCGCCGUAUUCUCUCGCGAAGAACGUGGAAGACGCCAAUACCGCCCGAACACCCGCACCAGCACAUCUCGACCGCAAUCAUGUCUGCCCCGCUUCCCAAACGUAUCAUGAAAGAGACCGAACGUCUGCAGAAUGAGCCUGUGCCCGGCAUUUCAGCGACGCCUCGCGACGACAACGCCCGCCACUUCGAUGUCAUGGUAGAAGGUCCUGGGGGAAGCUGCUACGAAGGUGGAGUCUUCCAGCUCGAGCUUUUCCUUCCAGACGACUACCCGAUGUGUGCGCCCAAAAUCCGAUUCCUCACUCGCAUCUAUCACCCCAACAUCGAUCGCCUCGGCCGCAUCUGUCUCGAUGUGCUAAAGAACAACUGGAGUCCUGCGCUGCAAAUUAGGACAAUACUGCUGAGUAUACAGGCUCUUCUAGGAGCUCCCAACCCAGAAGAUCCCCUGAAUGAGGCUGUGGCGAAGCAGUGGAAGGAGGACCCAGCACUCGCCAUCAAGACGGCGCGGGAGUGGACGAAGCAGUACGCACAGGCAGAGGCAUAGGAUGCUGGAACCCGCGAUGCUCCUAUCAACGUGGACAGCAGCGAUGAAGAGUCUUCGGAGUCUACCGCGUGGCACAAGUGCCACGUCGAUUUCCAGGUCCGACGAAAUGAACUUACUUACGAGGCAUGAGAUGAGCAAUGACUGCCAUGUUUUCGGUCGAGAUAGAUGGCUUCAGAACGCGUGACAUGCGUUUAAGCGUGGUUCGGCUCCAGUUAGUGCAGAAAAACUAGCAAUUCGAGACCAAAUACG